UCCAUGGCUGCUGGCAGCCCAGCCUGUGCCAACACAGGCCCUUGCAAUGCAGCUUUUAUGGCAGUGUGGGCUGCUCCUCUGGGCAGGCUGAAACUCUUAGGGAGUUCAGCUGAUCCAUGGCUCCCUCGCACUCCCACUGCUGGCUGGGAUGCAAAACCCCAUGAUGGUCCCACAGUGGUCCCCUCCCCAGAGAAUCAUAAGGUUGGAAAAGACCUCUAACAUCAUGUACAGCCUUCAUCUGCCUUGCUAAGCUGCACCUGGUCUUUUUUCUCAUGGCAGAGAUAUUUUGAGCACCAUUUCCCAGUGAGAUUUGAUAAAAUUCUGGGGCUCUCUUAGGAGGUUUCUGGAAGCAAGUAUGCUGACCUUGGUGUGGGACUGGAGCCACCUGUGACAGCAGCACCCUGCCACCACCAUCCCUGCCCCAGUGGAUGUCCGGGGCCAGAACCCCAUUUCCUUGCCAGGAUGCUCACAGGCAGCUGCCUCUGGCCUCACCUCCAGUCCCCUGGAGGCUGGGUUAUUUUUCAGAGUGCUCCAAGGACACGGGCUGUUGUUGCUGAUAAGCAGUGAGGGCAGCUCCGCCCCAGCAGGAACAGCUUGUUCCUGGCUUCCCAUCCACCCAGAAAACACUGUCCCAUCCCAGCCAGCAGCAUCCCGCACAUCUGCCACACGUUUGGUGACCGACCCCAUGAUGCCACACUUGUGCAGGCUGCUGAUCUACGUGCUGCUGGGGCUGGGGUCCCUGCUGGUGGGGGCACUGUCCCCAUCCUGCCCCCCUGCCUGCCAGUGCUAUGACACCUCCAAAGUCUUCUGCUCAAACGAAAGGAUACGGGAGAUCCCGGAGGGCCUGCCAGGAAGUGCCAGCCACCUCUUCUUCGUGGAGACAGCUCUGAGCAGCAUCCGCAGCGGGCACUUGGGCUCCAGCACCACGCUCACCAAGCUGGUCUUCAUCAAUAACAACAUCCAGGAGCUGCAGCCUGGUGCCUUUCAGGGGCUGCCCAGCCUCACUGAGCUGGAGGUGUCAGGCAACCCCUUGCCAGCUGUCAGCCCUGGGACACUGGCAGGGCUGACCAGCCUCAGCAAGCUCUCCCUCAGAGCCAACACCAUCCGCACCCUGCAGCCGGGGCUCUUCACUGCCUCUUGCCGCCUGCAGGACCUGAGCUUGGCAGGGAACAGGAUCGAGGCACUGCCCCCUGGCAUCUUCCGCCCACUCCGGCGGCUCCAGGCCCUGGACCUGUCACAGAAUUCUCUGCCCGAGCUGCCAGAUGGGCUGCUGGCCCCACUUGUCGCCCUUCGUGUCCUCAAGCUCAGUGACAACCUAUUGGCACGGCUGCCUCCUGGUGCUUUCAGGGCACUUGGCCAGCUCACCGAGCUCCACCUGGAUGGCAACCAGCUGGACGAGCUGCCCUCGGGCAUCUUCUCCAGGCUGGGGGCGCUGCGGCGGCUGCAGCUGCAGCACAAUGCCCUGGGCAGCCUGGCCCCCGACAUCUUCACGGGUCUCCUCAACCUCACUGUCCUCAGCCUGGAGGGCAACAACCUGGCCACCGUGCCUGCCCUGCUGUUCGCUGGCACCCCUGGCCUCCUCCACCUCUCGCUGGCUCGCAACCGGCUGGAGACACUGCCCCAGGAGCUCUUUGCGAACCUGUCAGUGCUGGAAAUCCUGGAGCUCUCACACAAUGCCAUAGAUCACCUGCCCACUGGGGCUUUCCAGGGUCUGGAAGGGCUGACAGAGCUCCAGCUGAGCCACAACAACCUCUCCAGCCUGCCGGCGGGGCUGCUGGCCAGGCUGCCCCUCCUCACGGCCCUGGUGCUGGACCACAACCGCCUGGCCCGGCUGCCCGCGGGGCUCUUCGAUGCCAACGAUGAGCUGGUGCGUGUGGGGCUGGCUGGCAACCCCUGGCUCUGCGACUGCCACCUCUCCUACCUCCUGCACUGGCUCCAGAGCUUUGCUGAGCCCCUUACCCACGGCCAAGCCUUCUGUGCCAACCCGGCUGCUCUCCAGGGCCGGUCCCUGCUGGAGGUUUCCCGCGGGCAGCUGCAGUGCCCGGGAGCACACGGCGUGCCCCCGGAGGAGGGCUGGGACACAGAUGCUCCGGGGCAGUGCACCUACCGCGACCCCGAGGGCACGGUGAGCGUGGCCUGCAAUGCCACAUCGUGCCAGGAGCUCAGCCUGCGCCUCCCUCCUCCCGGGCCGGAGCGGGGCCUGGGGGCGGCCUACCGGCGGGCCUGGCUGCUGCGCUCCCGCUGCGGCACGCUGCAGGUCAGCGUCCUUGUCACAGCACAGAGAGGGAGCGAGGUCACACCACCAGCUCCCCCCGCCGUGCCCUAAGGCCUGGGCAGGCGUUUGCUUCUGCUCUGGCAGCCCCUGCACCAGCCUGGGAAGCAGACAGCUCUCCGUCUCGCUCUGCUACCGCUGCCAUGGUCCCCAGCUGUCCCCGAGCUCUCCACAACAGCUGGCCUGGGGCUAUUUAACCUCUCAGCUAUGUGUUUCCUGUGUAUUUCAAAUGUAAUUAAAAUGUAUCUAUUAUUUCUGUGUACUAGUUCCCAUGGCAGAGAGAGGAAUCAUUCUGUUCCUCCCAUCACUGUCCGCGUGUCUGGGAGAGACAGCAAAGGCCUAUGUGGUACAUUGGGAUCUUGCCAGGAGCUGCAUGGUGGGGCAUAGUGCAGGUGCCUGGGGGUGAGUAGGUGCCACUGGCAUUCUCAUGGUGCGAUCGUGUCUGCCUGCUGCAGCCACCUCCCCUUGGCACUGCAGAGGGAAGAGAGCUGCAGCCUGGCAAAACCUGAGGGCACGGAUUUGUGCUGUCCAAGGGAGGUGUGGGUGAGGGCUGCUGAUUGCCCGGCAAGGGGCAUGAGCUGCCUGCCUGCAGGGUGAGCUCCGGCCCAGGUGAGCAUAGGCAGGUCCCACUCCUACCAUCUCAGGGCUUGAUGUACAGCCUUGCAGCCUGAACAUGGAAAGUGGCAACUUUCACAUAAACUUUGCUGUGAGGGUGAGUGGAACAGGUUGCCCAGUGAGGUCGUAGAGUCUCCUUCUCUGAAUAUACUAAAAAGCCAAGUGAACAGAGCUAUGGGUACCCAGGGAACCCUACUUCAGCAGGGUGGUUGGACUAGAUGGCUUCCACUGGUCCCUUCCAACCUCUCCCAUCUUGGGAUUCUCACUCUGACCUGUGGAGACCUGGCACAAAGUCCCAGCAGUGCUGCCCAUCCGGGGGUGACAGGUAAGGCGUGUGCUCCCCUGGGAGAGCGAGGUGGGUGUAGUAAGUGCACAGGUGUCUGUGUGUGUGUCCGUGUGAGAGUGUCCCUGUGUCUGUGCGUGUCAGGGCCGGCCUGUCCGUGUGUGUCUGCCCGUGCCCGCGGUGUCAGCGAGUGUCCCGUGUCUGUCUGUCCGAG